CAGGGGAUUGAUGCUCCAGGAGCUGGGGGAAGUGGUUUUGUGUGACCCCUUGGCAGUAUUUAGGUUGAGCUUGAGCUCCAAAAGGUACCUGGGAGGUUUUAUCUUGUGUUCUGUGGUUUCUUUUGUUCUAAGCUGGUGCAGUGGGGUUUCAGCAUGGGCAGCAGCCUCAGCCAGCAGCUGUGCUGUGUGCUCUGUGAGAGGUGCAGGGAGCAGGAGGCAGCAAACACAGAGUCCAGCGAGACCAAGCCCAUCCUGCAGAGCCCCGGGGACACACGGACAUUUUUGGACACACGGACAUUCUUGGACACACAGCCCUCCACCCCAGCCCUGAAGGUCCCCAAACAGGGCUCCAAGGAGCUGCUCCAGGACCACCAGGCCUCAGCUGAUGCCCUGGAGGAGAAUGGAGAGCCCUGCUCCCCUGCAGAAGGCUGGGAGCCAGCCUGGAACCCCAUGGAUUUCUUUGCAGUCCCUGCUGAUGAGGAGGCUGAAGGAGAAGUUGAAGAUUUAAGCCAGCAGGAGAAAGUGGGCGAGGCAGGAGAGGAAAUCAAACCUGUUGCUGCUGUUCCCGUGGGAGACGCAGCCCUGGGGGCCGAGGCUGGCAGUGAGGGAGCCCCCUGUGCUGGGAUAACCCUGCAGGAGGGAAAUAUCCCCAGCCUCGUGGAGCUCUCCAGUGGUGCUGAAGCUGAGCCAGAACCUCCUGCAGACACCCUGGGGGCUCUUGUGGGCAGGGACGUGUCACUGUGUGCUGUGCAGGUGGCAGGGCCCGAGCCCGUGGAGGGCACAGCCAGGGCUGCAGCUGCUGAGACAAGCCCCCAGGCUGCCCAAAGGGCUGAGCUCAGCUGUCUGGUGGAAGCCAUGUCUCUCCUGACCCUGCAGAGCCCUUCAGAGGGCAUAACAAGGGGGGUGGCUGAGUUCUACUCCUCUUCUGUGGUGUCCUGGCAGCCCCUGUGCCCACAGUGGGCGUCUCUGGAGCCACCAAGCCAGCUGCUGGAUCUCCUAAAGGAGGGCAUGGAGGACAUGCAGGGCACUGUGCCACCCGCCCAGGCCGUGGGGAGCCUGUGCUGUGCAGGGCUUGCAGGACAAGAAGCUGAGCUCCCACUUGUGCCCGCCUCACUGCCUGAAGUGCCUGGGAGCAGUGGGGAAGUAGAGGCUGAGAAAGUUGAAGCUUGA